AUGGCGAGGGCGUCACGGUUCAUUAGGGUCCUUUGGAGCGUCUUCGCCGUCUGUUUUCUGGUGACGCUGGUGCCGCUACUGAGCUUUAGGGCCCCGGAGCGCCCGUUAUCGCCGGCAUCCGCAGCGGCGGCGGCCGCAGCAGCAGCAAAAGGAGGUCUUGCACCAACGGCGCCAGACACUCGGCCAAAGGGGGACGCUGUGAACGGGGAGGGCGUCCCCCUCGGACGGGGUGCGAAGACGCUCUUGGCGGGUGCCGGGGCCGCAGACGAGGAUGGGACGCUAGUGCAGCUGAGCGAGAUUCCACCAUCGCCGUACUUUUCGUUUGACCCGCUUAUCAUGCCGCGAAAAUUUCUCCGUAGUUUGCAGAAUGGCUCUCGCCGCAUCAACAAGAAGUGGAUCAGCUCUCAAUUCAAUCGGUAUGACAAGAUUGACAUCGCAGACUGUGAUGCCUUCACUCCAGAAUGCGCUUUGCACAAGUAUCUGCUUCGGCGGAGUGGCGUGGAGGAUCCCAAUCGGCGGCCGUAUAGAAAAUGUUGCGUGGAGCACAAGGCUCUGCGCGAGACAGCCGUGUGGGUGGUGCGGAAGCUAACGUUGGCGAACAUCACUUACUUCCUUUCGACUGGUACCGCCCUUGGAGCGCGGAGGCAUGCAGGAGCCAUUAUCCCGUGGGACACGGAUGUCGACAUUGCCGUCUAUCCAGGCGACAGGGGCAAGGUGGAGGAGCUCUUCCGCAGCAACGGCGAACAUUAUUUUCGGAGGGAUCGGAAUGGGAAGCCCAUGUUUUGGAUUUAUGCGUCUCAAAAUGGGGAGCCGCGAACUGGACCACACGUUGAGAUCUUCUACGAUCCUGUCUACACGCGUUUUCCGCAUCUGCUGCUUCCGCUGGAGGAUUGCGUUUUUUACGAUGAGCCUGUGACGUGCCCGAGCAUCAAACAGUUCGAGGAGUGGUUUCCGAGUGGCUGGACCGUCUACAGCGGGGGUCACUACAACGGCCCCGAGUUCUGCGUCGUUCGCGAGAAUGGCAUUGCAAGGGUGAGACGACGGUGUUGA